AUGUCUCUUGCCAAUUACCCUAUUACGUUUCCAAAUUCCUACUCCAACACAACGGUUGAGAGAUUUCUGAGCAAUUUCUAUAGAGUCUCAGAUGAAAAGCCUUCGGCAGACCAUGAUCCAUACGUGGACGAGUUCACCAGCGAUGCGUACUUGAAGAUUGGACCUAACGAGGCCCUCGGUCACGCUGACAUUGGCAAGUUACGCGAGAAUAUAUGGGCUGUGAUUUCGGGAAGAAAGCACAGAGUAUUCCAGGUCUUCCCAUUUUCCAAAGAUAGUGACGAGGUUCAAGAGCUUGCCAUUUACGGAGACGUUGAUUAUACAAACGCCGAUGGUAGCACUUUUUCAGUCGAGUGGACAGCACGAUUUGUCUUGUCAGUUAAAGGCGAUGUUGUCAAAGCAACUGAUUAUAGAGUUUUUGUUGGUCCUAAACCAACUCUGGUCAAGGUUUGA